CUUAGAUCUUACUUUCAAAUUAUGUUUUGUUUGUUUAAGUACACUGAAAGUCUCUCUAGUUCUUGUUCGUGGAUUUAAGUUCAAGGUUCAGCUUCUCUUGCCAUAGUAAUUACUUGUCGUUGGUUGAUGAUUAGGAGAGGAGCACUUUUACUUUUUGUAACUCUUUUAGCUUGGUCGUUGGCACAGCAAAGUAAGGAACGUGGCCGAUGCUUUUCUCUUUUAAGUGGUAUGGUGGAUGAUAUUAAUGCAGACAUCCAGAAGAUAACUGGUUUCAACAAUUUGAAAGUUUUGCCUCGUAUCAAAAAUAUUUUACGAAAGGAUUUCUUCCACUACUUCGAGGUUAAUUUGGAACGCGGUUGCCCCUUUUUCGACGAUGAUAAACGAUGCCCAUCAUCGGAUUGUCGAGUUAAGGACUGUCCAGCUGAAGAAAUACCUUUAGGACUACGUGAAUAUUCAUUGGAAUCGUCACCUCACCAUAAAUAUUCGAAAGAGGCCAAUAUGUAUCCAGAAGAAAUCGACUGUGGGUUGGGAAAGUUAGAUAGUUCUUUAAGUGAAGAACGUAAAACCAUAAUUGCCAAUUGGACUCGUCAUGAUCAUGAAGAUGAGCUGACAUUCUGUGAACCUGAUGACGAUAGCUCUGGCAAAAUGAUUUAUGUGGACUUACUGAAGAAUCCUGAACGUUAUACUGGUUACAAAGGACCUGCUUCAAAUAGAAUAUGGUUUAUGGUAUACAAUGAAAACUGUUUCAAUGAAGAUUCAAUAACUUAUGGAACAAGUUACCUUGGUCCAAGUCAAUCUUCAUGUCUUGAAAAGCGCGCAUUUUAUCGAAUGGUGUCUGGGUUGCAUAGUAGUAUCAGUGUUCAUUUAUCUUAUCGAUAUCCGUUAAGUCUUUUUUCUCGACAUCAACCAAUAUCUCGUGAUUAUGAUAGUAACAAUCCAGGUUGGGGUCCAAAUUUAGAGGAAUUUCGUCGUCGUUUUGAUCCAUCCAUUGUACCAGAUGGUUUAACUCGAUUGCGUAAUCUUUAUUUCACUUAUUUGGUGGAAUUACGUGCUUUAGCUAAAGCUGCACCUUAUUUGAUGAAACAAACUUAUUUCACAGGAGAUGAGAAAAUGGAUAAGGAAACUAGAUCUGUUGUUACAGAUUUUUUACAAAUAAUUCAAAACGAAGGCAGUAUUUUUAAUGAACAUCUUUUGUUCACUGGAGAUAUUAAUGAAGCUAAUGUGUUAAAAAAACAAUUUCGUGAACAUUUUCGCAAUAUUUCACGUAUAAUGGAUUGUGUUGGCUGUGAGAAAUGUAGAUUAUGGGGAAAAUUACAAACACAAGGUAUGGGUACUGCUUUGAAAAUUUUGUUUUCGGAUACUGUUCGUAAAGAGAAUCCUUUAGAUCAAUCAUCUACUGCUGAACCUAAUUUUCAACUGCGAAGGACUGAGAUAAUUUCCCUGUUUAAUGCAUUUGGUCGUCUAUCUACAAGUAUUGGUGCAUUAGAUGAUUUUUGUGAAAUGAUUCAUGAGUCGGAAAAACAGAAACGGCAUGCAGCAUCAGGAUAAAUUCAUGACACUGUGUUCACGAUUUUCAACUUACCUUCAUUUACUGCUGUACUAUCGCUGUUACUGUCAAAGCUACAAAUAUCAGCAUACACACACUACUGUUUGUCAUUUGUGGUCUUUCAAAUUCACAUUAUUCCAGUCUGUUAGCACUGCUGUAGAAACCAGUAAAAUAUAACUGUUAUGUUAUGUAUGCACAUGUUGUAAGCGACUCUUGUCGUCAUAAUCUAUACUGUUGUAUUAUUGUAAAUUAUUGUAUACAUUUGUGUUGUUUCCAAUAUGCGUCGAUGUAGUUUCUUCCUGUUAGUUAUUUUAUCUUCUUCUAAAGAAUUGUUUAAGUAUAUGUUCAUUGGUUUCAUUAUUCAUCGAAAAACUACCUACUACUUACUUAUUUCCUAUGAUUUUGACUAAAAAUAAGUUUGACAAAUCUUAAUAGUAGUGUUUUUGUCGCUGUACUGUUAACCGUCCCCGGUCAACUCGAAUAUUCACCUCUUGUUUUUUCUUCUGUUUAUUUUUCAUCAUUAUGUUGUAUUAUCUUUUUGUUCAGCAUUUUAUAAAUAAAUCAUCACUACUCAUAAAUACAAUUUUCCCACCCACCUCUACUCCAACAUGCGUUGACUGGUGUUUUUUAACCUGUGACAUUCUCACUUUGUAAACCUCAUAUAAUUUCCUGAACAAAUAAAUUGUUCAUGUAAGAAAAGUCUCACUUUUUAUUGUACUUCUCUUAGACACGUAUAAAAAACUUGGAUGAGUCAGUGUUUCAUUAUGAGUGUUCUAAAUGUGCGAUCACGAACGAAUGUCCCGGAAAGAGAAUAAUUUUGCCGUCGAUAUUUAUAUUGACAGUCUGCAAUUAAAUAUAAGAUAUUUAGACAAAGCAGUUACUAGGUAAUCAAAUUUGUUUAAAUAUCAGUCCUCUACAGUAGGUCAGUUGCUUUUAGAUUGUUUCAAAUAGUUUCUUUCUCUUGUACACUGACUUAAAUCCCCGCUAAGGAAAUAUGCCUUUUUAAUGAAGUCUUGGUACGUCUUUCGGACAAGUUUUAUCAAGUACGAAACAAAGGUCCAGGACUUUCUGCAGAUAACUUCCAAAAAACGUUUACAGCCAUAUUGAGAUCGGUGACUGCAUCAGUCAUACUCAACGUAGGACCCGGCACAAUGUGCAUCGGUUCAAGUUGCUACACGAUAUUAACACAUUGAAAUAAAAUUACUGAGACUAACAUCAGAUUGGCAAAAGUAUGGUUCGAGAAAAGAAAAAUGCAUCGAACAAAAAGUAUAA